GUAAUUCUUAUUGGUUGGCAAAUCCUGAGAAUUCUCUCUUCACGUGGAAGUUCUAAAGAAGAUGGCCCCCCCGAGAUAACUUUACCUUCAACCCUGGGGUCAACCAAUCCCGUUGGACCUGUCCAACCAAUGGACAAAUCGGCAUCCAACCAGCCACCUAGCUAUAGCUAACCAUCCAACCAUCCAACCAACCAACCAACCAACCCAACCCAACCACUGUGAAUCUUAACCCUCUUGUCACCUCCAAAGAAACCCCAACCCAAACCAACAAUGUCAAUGAACAUACGACUUUCCACCAGCAAAUACCCGCCUAAUUCCCAAAACUUGUCUGAUCAAUUGGCCUUAAUUGGCCAAUCCAGGAUCGAAUGGACGCCGGAGCUAAUCCAAAUUAUACCAACUUAUGUUCUCGGAAUCCUCCAAUGCCGGUCAAACUCCAUUGGAACUGGCUGAAACUCGUCCACAUCAAGGGGUGGAAAGCUGUUCGAGUGUUUCCUAUUUGAUCACGAAUAAAAUCUUGGUGGCGAUGAUGAUGGAUACGACUCAAGCGAGCCCACAAUUGGGUAGUGGCAAGUUCAUUGUGAGUUUGCGGGGCUGACCUACCGGUAAAUUCUAGUUGAAGCCACCUCUACUAAAUACCUAUGGAGUGUACUGUAGUAGUUGAAGACGACGUGAGAAGCGAAAAGCCUCGGACAAAGACGGCGACGUCGGGCGAUCCACCAUCUUCUCCUGAUAACCAGACCAGAGUCAUUUCAAUAUCUGACCAUGUCAGAUGGAAUCUAGGAAAAGAUUUCCAUGAAUCACUGUGUUCAAGAUUGAGACGCCUCUCAUCGUCAGCUCCAAUAGACUCUAUUGCGAUUGGUAGUGCGCAAAUAUGUCACCAAUUUUGACCACCAUGGACGAGGCCGAUGAGACGGACUUUCGGCCUUGGAAUGUGGAGAAUGGGGGCCAAAUCACGGCGGAUCCAGCCAAAGCUCUGACAACGAGCAAAUUGACACCCUCAGAGGCAUCAAAUCACCAUGUGGCAUACAUUCGAACCAAGCAUCUGGCCAAAUCCAAUGUCAAUGCAUCGGGUUCGUCCAGUAAUCUGGUGGACAAAUCCAAAUCUAAAGCCUCCCUCUCCAAAAGUGUCUCAUCUUCCGCUUUGAAGCGAACAGCUACCAGCACUCCCCCUACCGAGCGGGUUCAGUUCCUUUUGGGAACGGACAAUUACGGCAAUGAUACGGGUCUUGAGCCACACCCACUUUUCGCAGAAAUGGAGGAGCUGGUCUUGACCCAAGAUGGAGACUUGGCUUGGAAAGAAACGGCACGUUGGGUCAAGUUUGAAGAGAACGUGGAACAUGGUGGAAAUCGUUGGUCGAAACCCCACGUGGCCACUCUGAGCCUUCACUCGUUGUUCCAAUUGAGAGGUCAUUUGAAUUCUGGCACAGUCAUGUUGGACAUGUAUGCCAAGACCUUGGAGGACAUAGCCGAUCUAGUUCUCGACCAAUGGAUCAACAAAGGGGCACUCUAUCACGAUCAACGCAAUGGCAUUCGAGAGGUCAUUCUCAAGACCCACAGCCAUCAUCACGAGAAGCACAAAUCGAAAAAUGAGCCCAAACAGGACGCGUUAAUUCCAAUCAUCCGAUCCCUGGCUGACAUUGGCAGACGAUUCACCGACAGCGGAUUUCACCACGAAUCGACUGCGGGUAAUUCGUCGUUCGCGAGAUCCCCAUCCUCGGAUGCUCUACACAAGGUCUGUACAACUCAACGCAGUCAGUACAGCAUGUACCAUGUGAACAUGGCCUUCAAACUCGACGAGUACAAUUUUGGCACAUGUUCCAAUUUUCAGGGGAAUACGCACUUCAUCAAGAAGAUUCCUAAAGACGCGGAAGCCUCCAGUAUCUUGGUGGGUGAGACAAAUCUAGUGGAGAAGCCACUCGUGUGUUUCGUAAGACUCUCGGAGGCCACUUACAUCGGCGAUUUGACUGAAGUGGAAAUACCCACUCGAUUCGUUUUCCUGCUUCUUGGACCAUCGAAUGCCCCGGUCAAUAGCUACCAUGAAAUCGGUCGAUCCGUGGCUACCAUCAUGUGCGAUGAGGUGUUCCACGAUGUCGCGUACAAGGCCAGGAACACGGAUGAUCUCUUGGCGGGCAUCGAUGAAUUCCUCGAUUCCGUCACAGUCCUGCCCCCAGGAGAAUGGGAUCCCUCGAUCCGAAUCGAGCCCCCAGAUUUUGUCCCACCCCAAGAUUCUCGGAAGCACCCCAAGAGACCGAUGCAAACCAUCCAAACGGAACAGGAAAUUAUUUAUAAAGAGCGCGAGAAGUCCGGCCUUGUCAGAAGCAAGAAACUUUUUGGAGGACUCAUUAACGAUGUCAAAAGAAAAUUGCCAUGGUACCUGUCAGACUUCAAAGAUGCGGCUGCCAUUCAAUGUGUGGCCUCAUUCAUAUUCAUCUAUUUUGGCGUCUUGGCACCUGUCAUCACUUUUGGAGGAUUACUAGGCGAGGCCACAGAAGAGAACAUUUCAGUUAUUGAGGCCUUGGUGGGAGGCAUGUUUGUGGGAGUUGCUUAUGGAUUGUUCUCUGGACAGCCCCUGUCCAUCCUUGGACCCACUGGGCCAGUUCUGGUCUUCGAAACCAUCGUCUACGAUCUUUGCCGAAACUAUGAGUGGACCUACCUGUCGUUUCGCUUCUGGAUUGGCUUUUGGGUUGGGUUGAUUCUUUUACUUUUGGUAGCCACGGAUGCCUCGGUCAUGGUUUGCUUCAUCACCCGUUUUACGGAAGAGAACUUUGCAACCCUGAUCGGAGUGAUCUUCAUCAAGAGCGCGGUGGAAAAGAUCCUGGCCAUUGGAACCACUCAUCCACUCCACGAAGAUAAUUGCAUCUGCGUUCGAACCGGGGAUCCCAAUCAAACCACGCCAGAGGAUGAAACUGGACCCUUGGUCAGUGCCUUGAGCAACGCCAGCUCGAAAAUGUUCCACUGCUUCUACGAGAUCGAUGGGCACAUCUCAAACUCUUACGAGAACGAGGCUUGCCACGUGGUCCCUAAUGUACUGAUGACGAGCAUCCUCUUGUUUUGUGGCACUUACAUGAUCUCGACCAUUCUGAAGCAAUUCAAGAACGCCAAUUACUUUCCCACGAUUGUUAGAUCGUUGGUCUCGGACUUUGCAGUCAUCAUUGCCUUAUUUCUGAUGACGUUGGUGGAUAUGUACCUGAAUGUGGACACGCCCAAAUUGUUCGUACCCAGCUCGUUUAAACCUACCUUGAGUGGGCGGUCUUGGCUGGUGGACCCGUUUGGUGGAAAUCCCUGGUGGACUUGUAUUCUGGCCUUUUUCCCAGCUCUCCUGGCCACCAUCUUAGUCUUUAUGGACCAACAAAUCACCGUGGUUAUUGUCAAUCGCAAAGAAAAUUUGCUGCAGAAAGGCUGCGGUUUCCAUCUGGAUCUCUUUGUGGUGGCCAUAAUGAUCAUUGUGUGUUCUAUGUUUGGAUUUCCAUGGUGCGAGGCUUCUACGGUGCCAUCCAUCAUUCACGUCCAAUCUUUAAAAAAAGAAUCCGAGUCCUCGGCUCCUGGCGAGAAGCCCCAAUUUCUGGGGGUCAGGGAACAACGUGCCACUCAUGUUUUGGCCUUUCUCCUGAUCGGAUUAUCCAUCUUUAUGGCUCCCGUUUUGGGAUACAUCCCGAUGCCUGUCCUUUUUGGCGUUUUCCUCUACAUGGGAACAGCCUCGAUCCAUGGCCUCCAACUUGUGGAUCGAAUCAGCUUGUUCUUCAUGCCCAAGAAGUUCCAACCCGAUUUACCGUACCUCCGACGAGUCCCACUGAAACGGGUUCACUUGUUCACAUUGAUCCAGAUCCUUUGUCUAGCCGCUUUGUGGGUCGUCAAGGACAUCCAAGAAACCUCAAUUCUAUUUCCCAUUAUGCUAAUUGUCAUGGUGGGCGUACGUAAGAGCUUGGAAAAGUUGUUCCACGAGGAGGAAUUGCGGAUUCUGGAUGACGUGUUUCCGUCCUUCAAGCGUGCCAAACAAAUGGACGAGGAGGAACUGGAAGUGAAGGAAAAUGACGUGAUUAGCCUUCGUUUGAGCACCUCCGGCAAGUUGGAGGUCCCCAUCUCCAAUGGGAAGGUGCUCUCCAUUCCAAUGGACACAGUUCAAAGUGGAGGAACCGGAACUCGACCUAAACAUGGGUUCAACAUAACCGAGGAGAUGAACAAGAGCAGCCUUUGGCUUUCAAUGGAAGGCAGUCAAACUGAUUUAAAAAAGCACGACGGGGCGAGAAAGCGAAGGAAACCUAGGCGAAAACGAUCAAAGACCGACAUUCAUCGAGGUCAAGAGGAACGCGAUAUUAUGGAGGAUGAAGGCGAGGAGGACCUCAGUCGAAACAAGAAUUACGACGUGGAAUCAAACUCUUUGGACUUGGAGGACGAGGGAAUCAUAUUUGGCAAGAAAUAGUGACUGUUCCAUCUGAACCUUGAGGUCUCAUGCAUAUAAUCAAGUUUGUACAAGUAUUAGCUGAUCAAUUUAUAUGAGCGAAAAAUAAAGCCAGUAAUAAUGAGAAUGAACCAUUUUGGCGUG